AUGGCCGAACAACAAAAAGCACUUCUCCUCCCCGUCAAACUUGGCGAAUUCACUUUGGGAACCACCCAAGUCUACAAGCCCGGCCCAGGCGAAUUGCUCGUUAAGAACAAAGCGGCGUCACUCAAUCCGGUAGAUUGGAAGGUCCGGAAGUACCACGCAUUCAUCAAAGAGUACCCUGCUAUCCUCGGGUUGGAUAUUGCAGGAGACGUAGAAUAUAUUGGUGAGGGGGUCACUGGGUUUUUGAAGGGCGACAGAGUUCUCUCACAAGGCCAAUUUGAACGCCAAUGGGGUGGUUUCCAGCAGUAUGUCAAGACCACCGCCGUCACUACCACAAAGAUCCCGGAAAAUAUUUCCUAUGAACAAGCUGCAACGAUUCCACUUGCCCUGACGACGGCGUACGCGGGACUCUAUAGUAACAAGCCAAACGGGGGAGGGUUAGAGGCUCCUGUUGAACCGACUGCGGUAGGAAAGUACGCUGGCUCCCCAAUCGUCGUCCUUGGAGGAUCAAGUUCCGUGGGACAAUACGGCAAUUUUUCUCCAGUCAUACAACUCGCCAAACUUUCGGGAUUCUCACCCAUCAUAACAACGUCCUCCGUCAAACACACGGAAUACCUCAAAUCACUCGGCGCAACACAUGUCGUAGACCGCAACUCACCUCUUCUCGCGCAAAUCAAGGAUAUCACAACGCAGCCGAUUCUUUUCGUAUACGAUGCUAUUUCGGAAAGGGACACGCAACAGGCGGGCCUGGAUAUCCUUGCAGCUGGCGGCACUAUGGUGACGGUGUUGCCCGCCGUCGGUUCACAGGUUGAGGGUAAAGAAAUCAUACACGUUGCGGGAUUGUUGAAGGCUCCUGCGCAUUUGACAUUGCUGGAGACGCUUUACGGCACGAAGUUGUCUGGCUGGCUGGAAGAAGGUACAAUUAAGCCCAACCGUGUCGAGUAUCUUCCAGGUGGACUCGGAGGUAUCGUCGCUGGCCUGAAGCGAAUGGAGGACAAUGAAGUGUCUGGUGUGAAGCUUGUCGUUAACCCUCAGGAUACGGAAUAG